CCGGGCAAGAGGAGCCGCCGCCACCGCCGCUGCGAGGCGAAUGUAGGCAGGGAGGGAAGAUGGUGCUCCGAGUGUUCGUCGCUUCCCUCUCGGGCUCCGUGACGAUGAAGAAGAGGCAGCAAGACAUUGUACGAUUUCUGGAAGGCAACAAGAUCAACUUUGAAGAGGUGGAUAUCACCAUGUCGGAGGAGCAAAGGCGAUGGAUGUAUAAAAACAUUCCUCAAGACAAACAGCCUGCACAAGGCAACCCGCUCCCACCCCAGAUUUUCAAUGAUGAUCAGUACUGUGGAGAUUAUGACUCAUUUUUUGAAGCCAAGGAAAGCAACACUGUCUUUACGUUUCUUGGAUUGAAACCUAAUUUGGCAUCAAAGGAGUCGGAGCCUUAGGAAAAGUUCCUUGAGGAUUCAGCAAGCACAUUGUCUGGGUGAAUGAAAUUCUUGAUGUCCAGCACACAACGGCUUCCGUAGUGGAUCACUGUGAUGCACACCAAUAUGCACCAUUACUAUUUCGUUUGACACUGAAAAUAUGAAAUAAGACAGUAGCUACAAAAAUUGGGUAUAUGGUGAUGGUAAAAUGGUAAUGAUGGGCGGGGCGUGUCCUUCCUUUUCCCUUUUUCUUUUUGCAAACAUAUCUGAGGUGGGUGCUUGGGUACCAUUGACCCUAACAGUCUCUGAUGCCACAUUUGAGACAUUACUUCCAUUCUGAAAGUGACAGGUGGGUGUGUUGAAUCUGAUUGUACAGUGAGCAUUGUCAGAGUUUCAGAUGUUUACUGCAUUCUGAGCUGAGAGUUAACCUGCUGUUCUUGAACACAGUUAAAUGCUAAAGUCAGCAGCGUUGAGCUGCAAAGAUACCACUCCAACAGAAUAUGUGCUAAUUGUGCUGAAAUGUGCUUAUUGUGGUAGAUGUGGCCUGGUAUUAUCUUUCUAUCUGGAGGGGGCGGGGAAUCAAAUCUCACAUCCCCUCUGGUUGGUAUUCAGCAGCCAGUUCUUAAAACAACAGCCAUUUUGCAUGUACUUCAUAGAUUGCUUUGAAUUGCAGCUUGAUGGAAGAGAAUUAGCUGCCAAGUAGAUUCUAAAAUGUGAAGCUGACAAAAUGGACCUUACCUCUUGAUGAGAACACCGGGCAUGUCUGCCAUUUUGAGCUACAUUACGUGCAUUUGCCAAAAAUGUUUUGUAUGAAUUACAGAUUCCUCCCCCCCUACCUUAGAAGCAUUGAUAUUACUUAAAAACCCUAUUGCUGUCAGCGAGAUUAAUUGUAGAACAAAGGUUAAAAUCUGUAGUGUGCCAUGUAAUACAGUAUAAUCGGAGCCUGUAAAAGCAUACAAGCCAGAACCUUAAGUAGAUUAAUAGUUCUAUUGCCUUAAAAGUGGAAGGGUAUGGGGGGGGGGAGGGUUCCUAUAGAAAGAAGCAUUAUAUUUUUGCCUAUAAAAUGUAUCACUUUACAUAAUAGUGCUGGAUUGGACUAGUGUGUUUAGUGUCUUCCAGUUCAGAGUCCCAAAUAGCUAUACUUGGCAGUAUGGAUAGCCUAUUCUGUGAAUAUGUGAGGCAUCUAAAUGAAAAGUGUGGGACCAAAAAACAGCAGCACAAUCCUAUGCAUGUCUACUCAGAAGUGAGUUAAAUAGGUGCAUAGCAUUGCAGCCUAGCUGGGUUUUAAAAGACCACUUAUCAACUGAAUAUUUAUUGUUUGAAGCGCAAGUACCCCCUCAAAAAUAUGGAUGCUCUGAUUUAAAGCUCGCAUGAGGUGCACAUGAGCCUUUCCCAGAUCCAUGACAAAGUUCACAGUCAAGAGAAAGUUAAUAACUUAUCAGUGGAAGAAGCUGGUUGUCUCUUGCUUGACUCUCGUUCAUUUUAAUGGGCGUUUAAGCAUGACGUAAGCCCUCUUCAGGCAUUCUUAUUAAGCGUAAACAUGUGACAGAGGGCUGCAACGAUGAACCCACCCUACCCAGUUGCUGUUACAAUUUGGAGAGUGAAUGGAUGAAACAGGGAGCUUCCUGUUGGUUUCAUGUGCCACAGCCUUGACUUUCUAGCUUUCUGAAAUGUGUAAAAAGCUCCCAAAAGUACAGGAGAGUCCCUGUUCCAUCUGUUUCUCCCUCUCCAACACACAGGGAGCUACGAGAACAGGAUCAGAUCUAGGGCACUCAUCCCUGCAGUCUGCCUCACCUGCUUACACAGGAUAUGAAGACCUGAAUACGGCUUAACUAGCUUUGGACUGGGGCUAAAGGGUUUCACAUAUUUGUUGUAGGAGCGAAUAUGCCACUUAUCCCACCAUUUGCUAGGGCUUCCUUUUUAAUUUUGAUAAGGGUGUGUUCCUUGUGUGCAUAUCAGAUCCUCUGUAUCAGGGCAAUAGAAUAGUUCAGGUGUUGGUCUUAAAAGUACUAAAGGGAAAGGAAAAGAGGAAGGUGCUAUGGAAUCUUUAAUGAUAAAAUCACAGAUGAUUAUAGUAUUGUAUAUGUGCCCUAUUUUGUUACUCAUAGCUCAGGGAAGUUUUGAAAGCAGUUUUGUUGUAGGGGGCAGAACAAGUCUGCUCUUCUGGGACGUGUGGGGAUGGUAGCUUAAAAAUCCACUGUGCUCCAUCCAUUCCACCAGGAGCAUGCAAGUCCUUGAGCAGCUCUUUGGAGUCUAGUUAAUUUUAAUUAUAAUGGCGUUUGUAAUAAGCAGAAGGCACAUCAUUUAAGAUGCCUUAAUGGGUUUUAUGUGGGGUGUGUGGGUGGGGGAGUGUAUUCUUAGAAUGCAAGAAUAGUUCAAAAGGUGCCCUGUUUUCAUGCCUUUAUCAGCUCUAUAAAUUCACUGGUGAAUGCUAUUUGAUUUUUAAUGCAGAGUUUGGCUUUCAUUUUUAUAUUAAAAUUUUGUAAGGUGCUUGAGUUCUUUCUGUUUUAUUUUCAUUAUAUUGCAGCCUUCUGGUUUUCUUUUAUGUAAAAGAGCAUUAGAAUGCAUUCCUUUCAGUUGGUGGUUAAAAAACCCACUAAACACUCAUUUAUUUUUAUCUCUUUCUUGUCCUGCCUGUCCUGUUGUUUCACAGCCCCUCCCAGGAUGUGCUCUUAUCAGGAAAAUUAAUAUGGAAAAUUAAUCUACAGUAUCUCCAUGGGAAAUAUUCCAGUAGUUUGAGACUAGCUUUGAUCUGUGUAAAAAUACACCCUCUUCAUGUGAUCACUUGAUAUUAUUAAUUGUGAGAAAAAGUGUUUUUCCCCCCAUGCACAGUCACAUCUGACAGAAAAAUAGUUGUGUUCAUAAAAGUGGGCCACAUCCUUUUAAAGGCAUAAAUCAGUGCAGCUCUGUUGGAGCAACUAAAGUUAUCUUCACUUCAAAGCAUGUCAGACUCAGAGUCAUCACCAUGUUUCAUAAAGUUGGGAUACACUAUGAUUUGGAAGAAAAGGAAUUAACAACUGAAUUAUCAAAUUCUGGACCAGCCAGUUUUGCUGCAAGGAUUAGCUUUGCAUAAGGGUGGUGGUGGUGGCUAGCCCUGUGGAAUUAGCCCCAGUCGCUAUGGCCAGUGGUCAAGGAUGCUGGGAAUUGUAGUCCCAACACCAAAGCCACAGUUAGUUUCCUUAUCUCUGGCAUCAGAUCUUAAGCAGAUGUUCCCUUCCAAUUUCUAUGUGGGAUUAGCACUGAUGGAGGGAAAGUGGGUCUCACUAAUUCAGGUGUUCAACUCUACUUUUGAACAUAAAAGCUUGCUGGAUCAGGUCAUUGGCUUCUCUAGUCCAGCACCCUCUUCUCAUAAGGGCCAAUUGGAUGCCUGUGGGAAGCCCAACAGCAGGACCUUAGCUUUCAGCAUGUGAGAAGAGGGCAGGAGAAGGCAAGUCCGCUGACUCUUUCUUUGUCCCCAUCCCACCCUGGUCCCCAGGGGUAAGCAGAGAACCUUUCUCCUGUGCAAUGUGGGACCCUGCUUAUGGUGCUGAAGCCUUAAACAUGUAAGCGAUCAUUGGAAGAGGGCGUGUGUUGGAUUAGGAUAUGUGACAGCUUCCCCGGUGUACGUUUCCUCUCAUUGGGGAAGUGGAAUGUCACUGUUUGCAGAUCACACCCUUAGUUACUAUUCAAAGCACUUGUGACAUGUAAAGAGCUGCAUCAAUUUACACUGGGAGAAGGGAGUUGUCAGUUUCUCACCCUUCUCAGUUGUAGUUCGCAAAAUCCUUUUGCAAUCGGUAAAAACCACCAAAAAGCUAAACCAGACCUGAGAGACUCUAAAACCUAGGCAUGGCUGUAUGCCAAAGCAGUGAGAAGAACCAUGUUACAAGUUAACCUUGGCUGCGACUAGUAGCUCAAGAUGUUCUGCCCCUCCUCUUUCAAUCCAUCGCCUUCUUUAUCCCUUUUCAUUCUUUGCAUGGGUUCCUCCCCCCCCCCCCAAUGUUCUUUUUCUGGAGGAUAUGGGGAUGAUCGACAGGACUCCUGCACGGUGUUUGCCUUCAUGUUGCAAAAGUGGCUACACACAUUCUGAGAAGUAUUAAUUUUGACCAGGCCAGCUGUUUACACCAUUGACAAAGAAAUCAAUGUUUAUUUCCAGUGUUUACGUUUGGAUUGCAUCUCUCAAUGCAAGCCUCCUUUUGCCCCUGAGUGCAGGUACCAGAGGACAAGCUAGAUGCGGGCGUGUAUGACUUCCCUUUUCUUGCUACUGUUUCUGUGUGUGUUUUAAAGUGAAAACUGACAAUUUGGAAACACAGCCGCUGCUACAUGUAUGUUUUUUGUGUUCAGGUAUCUGCUUGGAAGCAAAGUGAGAAGCCAUCCUUGUAUGGAGUUACAGUUCUCCCAAGUUAGUCUCUUAAAAGCUCUGUUGACACAUGCAUGAGUGCAGCACUCGGUGGUGACUUGCGUCUGUGAAAGAGCCUUCGUGUCACAAGCAGGGCAUUGAUCUUACCCAACAUCACUUCAAACACAAUGUUGGUUCUCCCCCCCUCCAAUGUAAGCACAUUAUAUAUUCAGCUGCAAGUAACCAAAUGUUGAGUAACCAAGGUAAUGUACAUGAACAAGUCCUGCAUAAAUGGCUCCCAUCCUUUCUCCUCUACGUUGUCUAUGUCACUUUUUGCCAAUGUUAGUCUUGUGCUUUUCUGAUAAACCUUGUGUUGUGGAGGACCACCUAUACAUGCACAUGUAGCAUUGUGGCAUAUCUGUUCAGCUAUUUCGCUGGCUGCUAGUUCAAGGCAGCAAACCAGAUGUUUGGGAAAGGUCCUUUGGAACGGCAAAUACAGUGCCGCAAGCCAGCCCUAGUGUUAAACCAUAGUGCCAUAGUUUCUGCAGGCACCGUAGCAUGCAUUUGCCCCAUUAUGCGCUCCGUUGGCUGUGCGCACGACUUGGUGGGCCAUUUCCAGGUGCGUUCUUGAGGCAUGCAUGGCUCAUAGAGCUCAGAUCUACCGAGCACGUCAAUUCUUAAAAACAACAAGGACACCUUAGAACAUCUCACGGGAGCCUCCAAGGUGCCUAGCAUGGUGCCUAAUUGACAGCUGCUUGUCAGGGGGAAGUUCAGUGAGUCCAGCACCUCCUGUCCUGGUGCUGAACAGACAAAUCUGCACCUGCCAGAUUUUGACUUCCUGCUCAUAUUGAACUCACUUAGAGCAAGAGCUGCAACCUAGAUUGGGCUCCUGUGUCUUCAAUACCAGGCAGCAGGAAAAGUUUCACUAACAGCCCUUAGAGUGAUUGGAAGAAGCUGAGUGUGUGACAUCUCCCUGCCACACAUUUCAUACCAGGAAUGGAAGCUUCUUUAAGGCACGAUAUAGCAGCCCAUCCAAGUAUCGAUUUCUCAACGGCCUCAGCUCCCCAAAGCCUGUUUCUUUUGUGCAUUAAGCUAUGGCACUGAAUAACGUCAAACAAAGAUUCCCAUAUCUUCUGUUGAAUAAUAUGACAGAUGGAAUCCUGUGUAAUGUGUCUCAGGUGUACUGUGUUUCAAAAUAAAAAACAACUUUUAUAUUUAAUGCUUAAACUGUCAUAUUAAACCUACAUAUGAAGAAGA